UGCCGCCCCGCCAAAUCCCAUUGAGCGAGCUCCACCGAAAGAAUACGCUUCCAAUCUUGGCCGAUCCGCGACUUGGGAAUCGAGACGCAUUCGCUGACAUCUUUCCCAGCAAUCAACACCCCCAACCGCAACAAGCAGCCGUUCCGAUCGCAAUGGCUGCUCCUCGAGCCUUAGGCUCAGCCAGGGGCCUUAGGGCCCUCUCACGUCCCGUCUUCCAGCUUCAGUCACAGUCUCCAUCUCCGUCUUUCCCGUCGCCCUCUUUGUCUCGGUGCUUCUCCGGAAGUGUCCCCUGUCUGCACGACGCCAAUGCUCCCUCACCAUCUGAUCGCGCCUCUUCUGCGGGCGCCGCAGGCAACAAGACAACACACUUUGGCUACGAGACGGUCUUGGAAUCCGAAAAAGAAAACCGUGUCGCCGGUGUUUUCCACAGCGUAGCCGAGUCGUACGACCGCAUGAACGACCUCAUGUCCUUCGGCUGGCAUCGAGUCUGGAAAGAUCAUUUCGUCGCCUCCCUCGCACCAGGCCUCUCGACCUCCAACCCAGGGCAACCCCAGCGCAUCCUCGACGUAGCCGGCGGCACGGGCGACAUCGCCUUCCGCCUCGUCUCCGCCGCCCACGCCGCGAGCCCGAACCCGAAACUCCACGUCACCGUCUCCGACAUCAACUCCUCCAUGCUCUCCGUCGGCCGCGACCGCUCCCUCGCCCUCCCCGCCUCGCACCAGGCCUGCCUCUCCUUCCUCGAGGCCAACGCCGAGCGCCUGCCGCCACAGGUCCAGGACAACUCCCUCGACCUCUACACCGUCGUCUUCGGCAUCCGCAACUUCACCAACCCGCUCGCCGCCCUCCGCGAGGCCCACCGCGUCCUCAAGCCCGGCGGCGUCUUCGCCUGCCUCGAGUUCAGCAAGGCCGACAAGCACCCGCUCUUCAACUACGUCUACAAGCGCUGGAGCUUCGGCGCCAUCCCCCUCAUCGGCCAGCUCGUCGCCGGCGACCGCGACAGCUACCAGUACCUCGUCGAGAGCAUCGAGCGCUUCCCCUCCCAGGAGCAGUUCCGCGACAUGAUACUCGAGGCCGGCUUCGAGGUUUCCGGCGACGGUUACGAGGACUUGACCGGCGGUGUGGCUGCCAUCCACAAGGGCGUCAAGCCGCUCGCUUGAUCCAGAAUUUCAUUCAGCAAUGCCAACCAAACUUCGAGACAUACACGGCGGACGGACCGGAAAAGAGACACAAGAACACUGGAACUGUAUAGUAGAUCAUGGAAAUUAAGAUGGAAAUAAAGCCCAGAUUCUGAUGUGAGACGACCUUAACGGCAUUAACACCAACAUAAUCCGCAUCCCGUAACAUGAAUUACCACCACUGCCGGACUAUCUUACUCGAUCCCCGUAACCAUUGCACAUGGAGAGAAACCCCAAACUUGAGUAGGUUCCGUCAGGGGAAGAGAUAGGGGGAAAAAAGAACAAG